AUGGCUCAACCUCCACCAGACCUCAAAAUCCCCUCUUCAACCACCACAGUCAACAUCCGUAUAAUUGACACCACAAGCCGCAUUUCCGGCAUCCCCCUCGAGGGUUUCGUAUCACCCGCAAUCAAAGGCCACACUCUUCUCACAGCAGCCCCCGCAUUCUCCUUCUUAAUCGAGCACCCCUCAAACCGUAAGCUGCUCUUCGAUCUCGGCGACCCAUCGACCUUUGACUCUCACACCGCACUCAUCGUAGGACCCGGUUUCAAAGACGCUUUCACGCCAGGCUAUCCAGCCAAUGAAGAAUCUCCUAUCCGCGAAAGCGAUUAUAAAAACCGAGAACUGCGCGAGAUUUCUUUCGACCAAGGUUUGAAAAUUGGACGUUUUAACGCUUUUGAUUAUUUCGGCGACGGGUCGUUUUAUUUACUGGAUAGUCCGGGUCAUGCUAUUGGACAUGUCUGUGGACUUGCUCGCGUCACAGCGAAUACCUUUAUUUUCAUGGGAGGUGAUGCGUGCCACCAUGCUGGAGAAUUCCGACCUUCGCAAUACCUACCUCUUCCCUCAUCCAUUUCACCCAACCCUCUCAGCCUCGGCAGCAGCACUCCCUGUCCUGGCUCUCUGUUUGAGGAUUUGUAUAGAGAUGGCGACGGCACGAAGCCGUUCUAUACUAUUGCGAAAGGAGGGGGCGCUAUAGCGCAUGAUGCAGAUGAAGCGGAGAGGACAAUUGGGAAAGUCAUGGAAGCGGAUGCGAGGGAUGAGGUAUUGGUUGUCAUGGCACAUGAUGAUACUUUGUUGGAUGUUGUGGAUUUCUUCCCGAAGUAUGCGAAUGAUUUUAAAGAGAAGGGUUGGGUGGAGAAGGGGAGAUGGUUAUUUUUGAAAGAUUUUGCGGGGGCUGUCAAGAGCUAA